AUGUCGCCGUAUCAAAUUGUGUAUGGUAAAGCUUGUCACUUACCUCUUGAACUGGAGCAUCGAGCAUUUUGGGCGACAAAGUACUUGAAUUUCGACUUGGUCAAGGCAGGCGAAUCUAGAAUCCUUCAGCUUCACGAGUUGGAGGAGUUUCGGAAUUUAGCAUAUGAAAACACCAAGAUAUAUAAAGAAAAAGCCAAGAAAUGGCAUGCAAAAAAAAAAUCAAUUCAAGGAGUUCUAAGAAGGAGAACUAGUUCUUCUCUUCAACUUGAGAUUAAAGUUGUUUCAAUGAAAACUAAAGUCAAGAUGGUCGGGUCCUUUCAAAAUAAUCAAGAUGUUUCCAUACGGUGCUGUGGAGUUAAAGGAUACAUGCUCAAACCGAAGUUUCUAGGUGAAUGGAUAAAAGCUCAAACCUUACUUAGAGGGAGAGUCAAAACUUUCGACGAAGUCCAUCAAUCUGAUCACCAUUUGAAGAGUGGAAUGUCAAGCUCAAGAUAUUAA